AUGGCAUCUGUCUCACAGGCUCAAGGAGAGUUGAAGUCGUCCGACACUCACGUCUCUGGUCAAUCUACGGUCGAUACCAGCAAUACAGGCAGUGGCAAUGCGGCGACAACACCAUCCCAGACAUUGCCUCAAUUGUCUCCAGUUCCCUCCUACCCGACUGCUCCAACCCAAAUGACCCAUUAUCAACAAUUCCCGACUGCCCCACAGAAUUACCUCCUGCGGUAUCCAACUCGCUCACAUCUAGCACCCAGACUCCCACCACUCAAGCGCCCCUUUACCCCAAUGACCUCCCGUCUCAACCACACGCAAGUUCAUGUCUUAGCAUUAUCUUUUGAAAACCAUGGCUUGGCAGAGACCCAUAGGCAGGAGAUUAAUAAACUUCUCGACACCUUUCAAUACAGGUACAAUUAUACUGUCACCGACUUCAGGAUCCCAGAGAACGGCUCGCAGGUAGACAGUGAGAACGCUAUUUGCAAAGAAAUCAUGAGUUACAAGAAUGGUUCAGCCAAUUUUGGGCCUUCUUUGCUAUGGGUCUAUUAUGGUGGCCAUGGUGGUCAUGGUGGCUUCAGUGGUGGCGAGUUCUGUUUAGAGGGGGACACUGUUCCUGGAACAGAUAUGAACAUUGUCCGGUGGGCGCCUAUACGCAACGCUCUUGCAUCACUCUACUGUGAUGUUAUUGUUGUGAUAGACAGUUGUGAAUCUGGGGCUGCUUACGAUCCAAAUUUGGAGUUGAGACCAAAUGGAUACAGAAUGGAUUUACUGGCCGCUUGCGGCACUGACAAGACUACUAAGGGACCCGGAGACUUCUCCUUUACCAAAUCCAUUGACGAUAACCUCAACCAAAUGGCGGAUGGCGACUAUCGUAUUAGUCUUCACGAUCUUACUACUGCACUGCGAAACCGGCGCGAUUUCGUGGCUUGGGCCCUCGUCUAUCACGCUCCCAAUUGGUGGAACCUACCUCGGUGGAAUACAGAGACGCAGCCUGAGCUCGUGCACAGAAAUAUGAGGGAUGACGGAUAUUCGACCAUUCAUUUGAAUGUGUAUGCCUCUCAGAGUUUAUAUCCUGGCCAAAGUGCAACUGUAUCUGGAGGUUUCAAAAGCCUAGCACAAAGUGAGAUGGAAAUGGAGCGAGAGGUAAUGAGGAGAGUGCAAUUUGUUUUCUUCGACGAAAAGGGAACUCUUUUCAACGACCGUCAAGAAUAUGAGGAUUAUCAAAAGCAGCUUCAAGAGGAAGACGAGCGUUGGGAAGCAGAGGAGAAAGAACUCGACGAAGAAGAGCGACGCAUGGAGAAGGAAAUGGAAAAUGAUAAGUUAAGAAGACGCGAUGAGGAUGAGGCACGAAAGAAGUAUAAUGGAGGCGAGAGCAUUUGA